UAAGAAGAGGGGGCUUUCUGUCUACCUCCAAGGGAGGUUCCAGAACCGGAGAGCAAAAUAGUUGGAUAGAUAUAUUGAUGGAUAUAUAGGUCUCCCACCAAGAGUUCUCUCUGUCUCCUAUCUACUAUUUGUACUGCCUGCCUGGUUCGAAUCAGACUCACUUCCCUCCCACCGUUCCUAUCCACCACCAUCAACAGCAUCGUCAUAAUCCAAUCGACGAUAUCAUCAUGCCCUCUUCCAACAAGCACUGGCCUAGUUUGUUCAAGUCCAAGCCUUGCAACGCGCACCACCAAUGGCAGCACGAGAUCAACCCAUCAUCCCUCUUAUCAGGUGGCUGCCAGAAGACUCCUUACGCAUCAGCAAUGCCGGGUUGUGAAGAGCGUAGCCCGGAGCCAAAGCCGAGGUGGAACCCGAAGCCGGAGCAGAUUCGGAUCUUGGAGGCCAUCUUCAACUCCGGCAUGGUGAACCCCCCUCGCGACGAGAUUCGAAAGAUCCGAGCACAGCUCCAAGAGUACGGUCAGGUCGGCGAUGCCAACGUCUUCUACUGGUUCCAGAACCGCAAGUCCAGAAGCAAGCACAAGCAGCGCCACCUCCAGUCUUCCCGGUCUCAUCCCCGGUCAGCCACCACCGCCUCCGCUGCUCCAUCCCCACCCACCACCGCAGCUCCGACCACCGUUGCCACCUCCUCGUCCUUCGACCGGUCUUCUGGGUCUGACAAGAUCGUCCCAUCAGUGGCUUCGAUAGGUGGAUUCUCGGGCGUGACCCACAUGCCGGUGACCACGCCGGUAGUGGUGAGCCAGCCGUGCUUCCAUGUCCCGAUGGAGCUUGGUGGCGACCCAUUCAUUGUUCAGGGUCCACAAACCUACUGCUUUUCGCCGCAAGAGCUGAUGACAGGGAUUUUGGGUGUACCUGAGCAAGGGACCGGCGUGGGCUCGGCUCUGUGGAGUGAGCUUAUGGGGCAGGUGGGAUGCAAGGGUGAUGAAGAUGGGGCUAAGACCAAGACGCAGUUGCACCAUAGCUUUAGUGUUGGAGCUGCUACCGGUGCUACGGUUGCUUGUGUUGGUGCUGCAGUGGGGGUCAGUGGUGGUUCAACCACUGUUGGUGCUGCUAAUUCUGCUAGUUUUGCAAGUCCUUUCAGUGAGAUACAAGGGGUGGGAGGGGCCGGAGGUGGUGGUGCGACGAGGUCGACGGUGUUCAUAAACGAGGUGGCGUUCGAGGUGGUGGCAGGACCCUUCAAUGUGAGGGAAGCGUUUGGGGAGGCGGCCAUCCUCUUCCACUCCUCCGGCCACCCUGUCCUUACCAACGAGCAAGGCGUCACCCUCCAGCCCCUUCAGCAUGGUGCUUCCUACUACGUGGUUUAGAAGGAUCACAAGGAGUUAGGAAGAGAUUUGCAAAGUUGGUGAUUCUGCUCGUUAGUCUGAAGUUCUCUCUCUCUUUUUUUUCUUUUAAAUUCGCUUUGGUAUUCUCUCCUAAUGUAUUGCAGUUAAUUUGUAGUUUUUUUCUUGGACAAUAUGAUCAUA